UCUUUUUGUACCAAUUUGAGGUUGUAUUUAUUAAUAGUAGAUUUAGUGAGUUAACUGUGUAUUGUUGCAAAAUGGAGCGCUAUCAUAUGCUUCCUUGUUUACCUGGAUAUACUUUCGACAUGAAUCUUGGUCGUACUAAAUUUCAUAGAGAUCAAUAUUUUAGUAAAAUACACGAAGGAGUUUAUUAUUUAUCAGAAAAAGCGGAUAAAGGCGAUAGUGUUAAUUAUCCGUCAAUAUAUCCUCGAGGAGAAGCGCAGGAACUGCCAUCAUGGAUUGCUUAUGAUGGCCAACACUGGAUAAUAAAUAUCAUUAACCUUCGUGUAUCACCAAUGAAAGAUUGCACAAUUAAAUUAUCUUUAGCCGCGAAGAUAAGUGUUUUAUUCAGACGGCAAAGAAUACCUAUGCCUAAUCCAGCAAGGUACAGAUAUUAUGAUAUAAUCGAUUUAAAUAUUGGCAAAGAACCGGAAAUUUUCGGUAGAGUGUAUAAGAUUGUCGAUUGUGACAAAUUUACAAGACGAUUUUUAAAUCGUAUGGGUAUCCCAGUUCCUGAUCCCAUUAAUAUUCCAAAGGAUCCAUACAUUGAGUUACGGAAAUGCAAAACAUUUCCAAAGAAACCCAAUCGAAGGAUUGAUACUCGCGGCGAUUUUCUGAAAUAUGAUAGACAAGUACUACGAUUUUACGGUUAUUGGGAUGACACAGAUAGUCUUUAUGGUAUUGUUCACGACCUUGAAAUUCACUUUUACCUUUCUGACAAUACAAUAGCAAUAAAAGAGAAUGUACCAGCAAACUCUGGGCGGAAUACUGGAUGUAUGUUUUUGCAACGGAUGAAUGUUCCUAAAUUCUUUUCUGAACUGGAUCCAAUCGGCUCGCGUGAACCAGUUACCGUCUUAAACGUAAUGGGAGAUGACACAUCUACUGGUUACUAUUCAAUCGAUCCAUUGAACGCUGGGAAAGUAGACAAAGAAAUUUAUAAAGACUACGAGCUCGGUAUUGGCGCACAGAUAAAUAUUUUUGGAAGGAUGAUUGUUAUAACGGAUAUGGAUACAUUUACAAAGGAUUAUUACAGGCAGAAAUAUGGAGUAGAUGAUUUCACUCCUUUGGAGAAACCUCGAAAGGGUGAUGAUGUUUGCAUGAAAGUGGAAAAGUACAUUCCACCUUACAAUGGUUUCGGCUCGUAUGAUGAUUCUCUUGGGAAUUGUUUUACGGUGCUGCCACAACCACCCAAAAUGGAUCUUAUGAAAUUUUUGUAUUACGACAAGCAAGGUUUCGAUAACCACGUUUUGAGAUUUAGGGCUAAAAUGAUAUCGAAUAUACCAGAAAAUGAAGACAGAUUGUUCAUCAUAAGAGUUUUCCUGAUGGAUGAUACGGUUUCCAUUUUUGAACUGGCAAGGAGAAACUCGGGCUUCACGCGCCGUCUUUUCCAAAAGAGAAUGCCAAUAAUGUUGCCUAAUCAAGAAAUAUUUGCGAGCAGGAAACCGGAAUAUUACAAACCAGAAGAUUUCUAUAUCGGAGCACGUGUUAACUUGAACGAUUUUAUCUUUGAACUCACUUCGGCUGACGUUUAUGCUCUUCGUUACAUGGAGUUACACCGCGAUAAGUUUCCACAGGCUAAUAUCAAGCGCAUACUGGCCAAAUUGCGGAAAAUUUUGAAACCAGUUUACAAGGAAUUCGUAGAACUUUAUACGCCUAUAAAGACGGACGAUGAACUUCAGAUUUUGUCCUACGAGAAAUUAAGGGAAAUCAUUUACAAGUAUUCGGAAGGGAAAAUUACGGAACAUGAAAUGAUUACGAUUGCUCGACACUAUUCUUCGCAGGAAAAAAGAGAAUUGCAUAAUCGAGAAUACGUGAGGCGAUUGAUUCAUACAGAGCUUUCCCGAGCUUUAUGGAUGGAUCUUGAUCGAUUGAAAGAGAGUCUUCAUCAUUGGGAUAGAGGACAAACAGGAUUUUUACCACGUGACACUAUGUACAGUGUACUUCGAGGAGCUAAAAUUCCAGCUGACGUGGAGCUAUUAAAUUCUAUGCUUGACCACAUUCAAAGAAACGAGGAAGGAAAAUUGGACUACAAUGAUCUAUUGCGAUUUAUGGAUGUGAAAAUUGACCCUGUUCCACCUAUACCACCAAUAAAUAUCAAGACUGCUCUCUGGUGGGCGUCAGAAAAGGAACCAGAUUGUGGCACCGGCAUAAAUUGGUGUGAUUUUAUAAAAGAUUUGGAUAUCAAAGACGAAAAUGGAGAUUCGAACGAAGCAUCGAAGCUCAUAUCAGAUCCGAGGUGCAUUAAGAUUGGCUCUUAAAAAAUUGUAUGUACUUCUUCGAUCAUUUUCUUUUACUUUUCUUAUUAUUUAUUUUUGAUAUUUAAAAUCUUAUAUAAUGGGUUGAUGCGAAAAGUCCUGACGUUUUCUUGUAAGAAAUAAAAAGAAGAAUUCUCGGCUGUUCGCUGGUUAAACCAAAACUAAAUAAAAACGAAGAAAGAAGUAUCCUUUACACACGUUAUAAUAGUUUGAAAACAAAUGUUAUUUGUUUCGACGACAAAAAAGUUGUUAUUAGCCACGAAUGAAAAGCGUCAGAAUUGUUGCAUCAAGCCAAUACAUCGAAUUUUUAAUUCGUAAAUUCUGCACUGAUUUCAUGCACCAACGAAUAUACUCGGAACAAUGAAAUAUAUCGUUUGAAGUGAAUAAAAACACACUGUUGU